AUGGCGGACCCUGGAAGUCAACCCCCUGGCAUCGACGUCGGCAUGCGAGUCGAGGUCAGCGGGAACCUAGGCUACGUCCGCUAUGUCGGUCAGACCUCAUUCUCCACCGGACGAUGGGUCGGUGUCGAACUCGACCUGCCGCGAGGUAAAAACGGUGGUGUCGUCGAAGGAAAACGCUACUUUGACUGCAGGGCCAUGCACGGUGUCUUUGUCCGUCCACCUCAAGCUCGCAUCAUCGUCGACGGUGUUGCUCCUACUGGAGCACAGCCUGAACCAGCAGGACGGGCGGCUUCUCGCCCCUCAUCCGUCUCAAGUCGCUCACAGCUGUCUGCAGGAAGCCGAACACUUGUUCCGAGCAGACCCUCGUCCGUGAGGACCACUAUCGCAUCCCCAACAGCCGCCACAGGCGCCUCAAGACUCACAAAACCAGCAGCCAGGAGAGCCGGCACAGACUCAACACCCGAUUCGCCCGGCUCUGCACGCAGGAUAAAAGUUGCACCUCAGUCAGCCCGUGACGAUGACCACCACUUGGCAGAGCGUUCACGUUCCAGCACACCACCUACAUCCGCCAACCUUCAGCAACCGCAAAAUCAAUUACUUCUCCAACAACAACAGCUGCAGCUUCAAAGGCAGCAAGAGGCCAUGCUGGCGGAGGAGGAGAGUAAGCGUCUGACUAUGGAGGAGGCCUUGAUUCAGGAGGAACUUGAACAGGAGGAAGAGCUUGCCCAGAAGGAACAACAACAGGAACAACAGGGUUUUGCUCCUUUGCCAGCGUCAGCCUCUGGAGGAACCCCGUCGACUCAGUCGCAACAGGGAAACAACGCUCAGCGAACGGAGGCUGUUGUCCCCUUGAAGGAGUAUGAGGAACUGAAGAUCAAGCUCCGUAUCCUGGAGACCAAGCGCACUGAGGACCGUGAGCGGAUCCGUGAUGCUGAAAAGGCCAAGGAGGAAUCUGAACAGUUCCUGAACAUCCGCACUAAAUUGCAAGCCAAGCUGACAGAGAUGCAACAGGAACUGCGGGACUCGAAGCGAAGCCUGAAAGAGUCUCAGACAGAGAAGGAGGCGUUUGAGAACAAAUACAACGAUGUGCUCGAUUCUAUGGAGGUGACACUACUGGACAAGGAAAUGGCAGAGGAGCGGGCAGAAAACUUGCAACACGAAGUCAACAUGCUGAGGGAGAAGGUCGACGAGAUGCACGUCGACUUGAACGUAUUCCAGCAGGAAGAUGGCAAGUAG